AUGGAAGACAAAAGAAAAACUGGGCUGGUGGUGCGCGAUGGUGAUUUGGGAGAGGUUACAGGGAGUAGGGAUGCUGGUGGUUCCGCGGUGCGCAACAGGGCGAGGGGCUUUUGGGGCUUGCUAGGGUGGAGGCACGGUGGCCGUGAGCUAAGGAUGAGUGGCGGUGAGAUGGGAAUGGGAUCCAGGGAAGGUGCGGUCAAGGCCCGUGGUGACCCGCGGUGGCUAGCAUUCGAGGUGGUGACUGUGGUUGGAGUUAGGGCGUGGUGGCGAAGCCGCGGCGACUCGAGGCGGCUGGUCGGGGGAUUUGAGAAGGGAGAUGGUAUGGGGUUAGUGGCGCGGCUAAGACCCGUGGUGGUUAGCCGCGCGGUGGAUGUGGCUGUGGGAUUGAGGGCUGUUGAUAGUGCGAUUAAGAUGGCAACGAAGGGGAAAGAGAAGGGAUCUUGGAGGAUGAAGGAGAGGCGUGGAGUUGGAUGCAGGGGAAGGGAGAUUGAGAGAGGAAGAGGUGGUCGUGGAGAGGGAGUGAGGGCUGUUGAUGGUGAGAGAGGAUGGGAGUGUGAGGGCCAAUGA